ACGAUAUACAGCAGUUAUCGAUUGCAGAAAGAGUGCAACUGUGAACGCGCUCGUUGAAAUUAAACAUACUCCUAUCUGUCGCAACAAAAAAUGGACGAGACUGUUGACGAAGCGGCGUUUAAUGCCAAUAUCGGCCGUAUUGCUCGAUCUACGCUUAUGCGAGAUGCUGAACAGUCGAUCCAUAGGGAGUUGAUCGACUACGCAGUAGCUUCUUGCCGACUGUUUUACAUCCAGGAUGCUUCAGCCUGGAAGGAAUGGAAAACCAACAACGAGGCUUUCAGGGAUCUCACUACCAAGGAAGUGUGCCAUUUAUUCCUGACUGACGUUCUGCCCCAACUGGACACCUAUCAGCUUACGGAGAUGGCCCGGCAACGCCUCAAGCUCCUGGAUCUUCAUCCAUUCUUCAAACGCGUUGGCCAAGGCUAUCAGUAUGCUCCAGAUUGCGACCUUGCAGCUCGAUUCGUGGUCCAGCCCCAGAAGAAUUUUAUCCUAACUAACGAUAUUCCCAAAAUCAAGAAAAUUGAUUCCCUGAAAAGAUGUCAAACCGUGCUUGUUGAAAACGAUGAAGUGGAGCAGAAGACCUGCUUUGGGUACCAAAGCAAAGUCACCCUGGAAUCCACCGUUGUGUUCUCGGUAUUGUUGUCCACCAAUCAUGAGCUUUCUAUUGGGAAGAUGCUCGAUAUAAGAGAGAUUCACGCACGACUGCGACGCGCCAAACAAUCAUUUGAGGAUACUGCCAGAGUUACUCCGUACCGAAUCAACAUAGACGACCUAAUUUACAAUUUGGAUGUCUGUGCUAAGGUCAGAUCUAAACUUUGCCGAGUAAUAAGUGAUUGUAAAAAGUAUUAAAAUGGAUUACAAUACGUGUGAUUUAU